AUCCCUUGGCCUUGGCUCGUGCUGCUGUCCUCCCUUCUGCACUGCUCAAUUACUCUGUCUUCCUGGAGCGUGUGGUGGUGUCAGGCUACUGUAAUGACUUUCUGAUUAUCUGUCUGUCCAUGAUGAAUGAGAUGGAAAUGUACCUUUGUGGCCAAACAGGUCUCUGGAUCCGCACCAAGUGGGUACGUCGAGGGGCUACGAGCACGGCUCACUGACAAACCUCUACCAUAAAUAAAAUACCACCGACUUGAGCAGUUUGCCUCAUGUGCCACCAUUUCAAACAGUUUGCUUGGUAGCAGCAUUACAAAAGGUCAUGUUGAAGUUUUGGAGAGAGACGUGAGAAUGCAGCAGAAACUGUCACACACAGCGCAUUAAACACUCAAUUAGAUCUUCGCUGCAACACUACACCUGUAAACUGGUGAAGGACUGUACAGCUGUUGAGACCUCCACCUUGCGGACUGAUUUGAUCAUCGGGCUGCAGCAGCUGUCAUGGAUCUGAAGGAGCGCAGGCACCGUACACUGACCCAUGGCCGCUGUGGAAAAGAUUUCCAGUUCACCACCUCCUCCUUGGACAACGAUGAAUGUCGCGUACCCACCCAGAAAUCCUACAGCUCCAGCGAGACCCUAAAGGCUUUCGAUCAUGAGUCACGCCUUCAUUAUGGGGGAUGUGUGGCUGACCUGGUGCAUCAUGAAGCAGAUGAGUUCACCAGACAAGGAGAGUACAUGGAUCUCUCCCCAUUCCUGAGCUACUUCAUGUCAGGGAACUUUACUUUAGCCGAGCUGGGCAUUUGUGAACCGGCCCCCCAUCAGAAUGCGUACUGCCCUGAAAUCGGCCUCUUGCAGCGUGGCUACUCUCUGAGUGCCAGCUCCGACGCGGACUCUGACCCAGAGGGCCCGAUCUCACCGGAGCGAGCCAUCCAGCUGUGGGCCGGCCAUGACAUCAAGUCCCGCCGCAGCUCUGGCCUCUCCAGCCGGGAGAACUCAGCUCUCACCCUCACCGACUCCGAGAACGAGAACAAGUCUGAUGACGAAUCAGCAUACCUUGAUGAUGAUUUUGAUGAUUUCGAUGACCCUUUUGGAGAUAUUCCAUUCAUCUGUGUGCUUGUAAAAUAG